UUGCUGCUCACAUAGGUAAAAGAUGUGUGUGGAAAAUGAGCUGAGGCGAAUGAAGAGAAGACUUUUGUUUGCCUGAGCCCACAUGAGAACUCCAGGGUAACUGAAUAGUCUUUGGUUGGUUUGACAGACAAUGCUGUGAGCCAGCAGACUCAUUCUCACAUACCAGAGGCAGGGGCUUUCAGGGGGUAUCCAGACCACUGUAACAGAAGGCACCAAUGCAUCUACAGGCACUUCACAGCCUCUAUCUUUGCUUGUUGACAAAAGGAAAGGCCUUGAAAUGAUAGAAAAUCAUUUUGGAUGAGAUAUAUGCUUUUUAGUGUUUUUUUUUCCCCCGCUUGAGCGGUAUUGAAGAACUGGAAGUUCUUGGGAAGGAAUAAGUGCACUGCCCUAAAUAACGGAAGAAAAUAAAUGUUAAAUAUGUAUUUGUAAGUGGAUGGCUGUAAGGCCUGUCUAUGGAGUAAGUAACAGCCAUGCACCAUUUGUUCCAGUUGGUAUUGGAACAGAAAGAUCUGUCUAGAGCUGGGGAUUUAUUCUCCUUAGAUGAUUUUGAAAUUGAAGACAGCCUGUCCAAAGCUCUCAAUCAAAUAAAGUUAAUAUCAUCUUCUCAGGAUUACCAAAGUAAUGACAAUGAUCAAGCGGUCAUAGAAAUUUGUAUCACACGUAUCACAACAGCGAUUAGAGAGACAGAUUCUAUUGAGAGGCAUGGGAAAGCUCUGGUGUCACUGUGGGAAUCAUGUCUGGAGCACAAUCUGAAAGCAGCAACAAAAGAUGAAGAUACUCCUCAUGGAAAGAUUGCAUCUGACAUAAUGAGCUGUAUACUGCAAAACUACAACAGACCUUCAAUUAUGACACUCGCUGUACCAGUUGCAAUAAGAUUCCUCCAGAGAGGGAACAAGGAACUCUGUAGAAAUAUGUCAAGUUACAUUUCCCUUGUAGCUAUUGCUAAAGCAGAUCUACUGGCGGAUCACACGGAGACAAUCAUAAAGAGCAUCCUACAAGGUAAUAGCAUGCUCCUCCGUGUACUUCCAUCAGUUUAUGAGAUGCAGCCUCAACCGAUACAUGAAUUCCUGGGAGAACUAGUUUCACAAAUGCCCCAUUUAGAGGAAGGAGAACAGCUUCAUAUGCUACGGUUGUUACAAGCAAUAGCAAAGGCUAAGCAACCAAAGGUACUUUCAAGAACUGUACCCCUCCUUACAGAAUAUCUAUCUGAUCCAAGUUACAGUGAUAUUGUCGUUAACAUAUUAUUAGACAUUUCAUCAUAUGAACCAAUGACCCUGGCUGUAUCUCUUUCUGCGUUAAAAGGAAUUGGUGAACAUUUCCCAUGUCUUAUUGGACAGAUAGCAAAGAUUUAUGGAUCAGUGGGACGUGUGGAUGAGAUGAUGGCAAAAACAUGUUUGACGUAUUUGGUGAAUCAAUUGAAUAACAUGGAGCAUUCGUUUCAUCACAUUCUCCUGAUGGAAAUUAGGAACAUUACAAGCAUAUUUAAUGAAAUUCUAGGCAUUCAAGGCAGAGACAUGUACAGAAUGAGUAACAGCCUGACUGCAAUAGCCAAAAUUCUGAAUGAAUACUUAAAUCAUGAAACUCUACCAGCUUGUAGGAAAGAGAAUAACAUUCCAAACGGGCCCACUUUUCAUGUCCCUGAUACACAUCAGAACUCUUAUAAUGUUGGUAAGGUAGAGGAAAAAAUGGAAAUAAAUGUUCAAAAUGUGGGUAACCAGAAAGACCCAUCCUCCAUCUCACCCAUUGUGUAUAAGGAGGACUGCAAAAUAUCCUCUGAGGAUGGACAGGAUAGUGCAGUUAGUAGGUCAAAAUAUUUGGCAUUGAAUUCAACAAGCAGAAAAUGUUUGAAUUUGGAUAGUGGACAAGACAUGGAGUAUAAUAAAGUUCUUGGUCUAAUGUCUUUUUCACAUAUGUUUCUGAACCAAGAUGAUGAAAGAUUACCAUCUGGCUUAGACAUUCUAAACUCCCAGGUGGAAAGAACUUCAACUUCAGACCUAUUGAGGAAUUGUACGGAGACAAAAGGUGUAACAGAGCCAAAUCAAGAAAACCAAAGUACUUUGCGGAUAAUUAAAGAACCUCAGAAUGAACACGAUAAACUUUUUUUGCAUCUGAAAGAGAACAUAAGUAAAUUAAAAACUUAUGUGACAGAAAUGGGUAAGAAAAUCCCUGUGCCUGAUCAGUGUGUCAUUGAAGAUACUCUUAAAAGUGGUGUAGCAAAACUGUUCUUCAGCUGUCCACUGAAGGCUCAUUACUGUCUGUACAGUAAAUCCAGUUUUAUACUCAUCAGCCGACAUCCACAGAUAUGGAUACAUAUUAUGUUUCUUUUUCAACAGAGCUUGUUUUCUGAGCCAUUGUCCACACAGACUACUUCUAUGCAAGUACUUAAAACACUAUGGGAGAAAACCGAGAUGAAGGGAACAUAUAGCUUUGAAGCAUCCAUAAUCCAGUCUCUAUUUCCUCACAAAAAGGAUCUGGAUCUUAUACAUAUGCAUCUGGAAGAAGUGAGGUUUUUUGAUCUUUUUGGAUAUAGUGAGGAAACCGGGUCAUGGCUUUGUUUUAUGUGCAAGAAUCCUGAGAAGGCAACAGUCGUGAAUCAAGAAGGCCAACCACUGAUGGAAGGAAGACUUAAAGAGAAGCAGGUCCGGUGGAAGUUUAUCAAAAGAUGGAAAACGCGCUAUUUCACCUUGGCAGGAAAUCAGCUUCUUUUUCGCAAAGGAAAAUGUAAAGAUGAUCCUGAUGAUUGUCCUAUUGAGCUAAGCAAAGUUCAGAGUGUCAAAGCUGUCGCUAAGAAACGCCGGGAUCGGAGCCUUCCUCGGGCUUUUGAGAUUUUCACUGACAACAAAACCUAUGUCUUUAAGGCUAAAGACGAGAAGAAUGCUGAAGAGUGGCUGCAAUGCAUCAAUGUAGCUGUUGCACAAGCAAAGGAGCGAGAGAGUAGAGAAGCUACCACUUACUUGUAAUUUUAUACUCAGUAAGGGAACAAGUGGUCCAUGUCACAACCAAAAUCUAGCAAUCUAUUAUAACAGAUUUGUGUGAUUAUGUUAUAAGCUACGGAUAGCGUCACAUGGUUGUAUUAUAUGGCAUGAGUCAUUUCUGCACUAAGUUCUGUGGUAUCAAUUAUCUCACUAAUGGGUUUACUUACUGUAACAUGACCUAUCUAACUAAUGGUGAUAAGCUUUAAUAGACGGCUUUGGGUUCUACAACAAUCUUUACAAAAACUGUUUUUGAUGUAAGUGUGAAGACUAGUCUCCCAAUCAUAAUAAUGUCACUUUUGUCAGAAAGACAGUAAGUAGCUUCCUACUAAUAUAUUCUCCACUGGGCAUUGGUGCCACAACUGUGAACUUUGGUGCAUCCAACCCAAAGAUUGGGCAGAGACAGGGAAUGUGCCCAGUGCAGUUUUGAAAAAUAUCCUUUGGGAAAAUUCUGCUCCUAUCCUGCCUGCAAAUGACCUCUCUUCCUCUUAUUUGCUAUAGCUUCAAAUUUUUAAACAGGCCCUGAAACACAACUUAAAGGGGUUGUUGCCCAAAACUAUUCUACACUUUUCAAACCAGCACCUGGAUCUAAAUACUUUUGUAAUUGCAUGUAAUUAAAAAUCUAUAUGUUUAAAAUUCUUUGUCCAGCUCACUGACACACCCUCUAAGAAAGGGGACGCCCCCUAUGCUGCCAGCUUGAAAUAAAUCUAGAAGAGCAGAUAGAGCAAUGAAUGGCAGAAGCUCUGGAUCCGUGUGAGGUACAGGGCUGGUUCUAAGUUUGUUAGAAAGAGAUUGUUAUGUACUAUAUGAUGUUUGAUUUUCAUCUUUAACAUUAUUCAUGGGUUAACCCUUUUUAAGGCCCCCAUACACAUUAGUGUAUUGUCGGCUGAACAUACAGAGAACAGCGAGUAUAAGGUUGGGUUCACAUCGUAUACGUUAC